CCAACGUCGUCCCCCCGUGUUGCACGAUGCCCAAUUGUCCAUCAGCCCAUGGGGAAAUGGCAACAACCCUCGGAUCACUUCCUGAGCUGUCAACUGGAUUCCUCUUCUAUUUUUUCCUGCUCCUUUCCAUUUCAACGGGGACACAUCCAUCUAGUAUAAGUCUAGUAGAUUAAUGCUUAAUUAAGCACAUACCAGCUGCACAUGUGUAAACUAUUGACGAACCUUUUCAUAACUAGCUGCAUGCAGAGAGUUUUUUAUAUAUCUAAACAAAAGGUAUUGAAUUGCCAGCAUUGCCCUUGUGUAAUUAUUGUCUUCCAAAACACACACUUUGCAGUAUAAAGAUCAUCCGCAAGAACUCGCGAAGCAAGCAAGCCGGCCAGAGCUCUCAGCAAUCCUCUGUUCCUGUCUCCGUUCCUCUGAUCGACCUUGGCUGGUGGGCUUUUGUCAGAGAAGUAGCAAAAUGAGCGACGAAGUUCAGCAACUCACCAGGGCCUUCUCAGGUCUGGGCGGGCUCGGCGUGGACGAGCCGGCGAUGGUGUCGGCGCUGGCGCGGUGGCGCGGGCAGCCGGAGAAGCGGUCGGGCUUCCGGAGGGGCUUCCCGGGCUUCUUCAGGAGCCACGGCGAGAUGGACCGGUGCGAGGAGGAGUACAUGCUCCACCUGGCCGCCGAGUUCGCCCGGUUCAAGAAUCUGAUGGUGCUGUGGGCGAUGCACCCGUGGGAGCGCGACGCGCGGCUGGCGCACCACGUCCUCCACCAGGGCCACCCCGCCGCCGUCGCCGUGGAGGUCGCCUGCACGCGCUCCGCCGACGAGCUCCUCGGCGCGCGCCGCGCGUACCAGGCCCUUUACCACCACUCCCUCGAGGAGGACGUCGCCUACCGCGCCAGGGACAAGCCCUACUGCAACCUGCUGGUGGGGCUCGUGAGCGCGUACCGGUACGAGGGGCCCCGGGUGAACGAGGAGGUGGCGCGGGCGGAGGCCAAGGCGCUGGGCGCGGCGGUGAGGAGCGCCGGCGGUGGGAAGCCGCUGGCGGUGGAGAACGACGAGGUGGUCCGGAUCCUGAGCACCAGGAGCAAGCCCCACCUGGUGGAGACCUUGAGGCACUACAAGGAGAUCCACGGCAGGGGCCUCGAGGAGGAUCUUGGCGGCCACGGCAGGGAGGAGGAGACGACGGCCCUGCUGCUGGAGGCGGUGCUGUGCCUCGCCGCGCCGGCCAAGUACUUCAGCCAGGUGAUGGAGGCGGCGCUGAGGGACGGGGCGGACCAGCACGAGAAGGACGCCCUGACGCGGGUGGCGGUGACGCGGUCGGACCGCGACAUGGACGAGAUCAGGGCGGCCUACCAGGAGCAGUUCGGGGCCAAGCUGGAGGACGCCAUCGCUGCCAAGGCGCACGGCCACUACAGGGACGCGCUGCUCUCGCUGGUGGGCGCGCACCACCACCAGUGAACGCGAGCGCGUCCACCAGCUGCCGCUGUCUUCAUCUUCUCGGUCGUCUGCCCGUGUCCGUCCGUUCGCCUUUCGUGGCGUCUGUGCGUGUCGCCUUUCUACGUGCCAUUGUUGGUCUGUUGCUCUGUUUUCGAGCGAGACCGUAACAUUUUCUGCUGAGCCUGUAGUGUGUCGCUGAAGAUGCCAAAUAAGAUCUGCAUGCAAUCGUUUCUUCGUUA